GGUGGUGUCACGUUCUAGGGUCUUUGCUGUGAGUGGCAGGAGGUGUCACGUGACUUACAGGCGGCAGCGACAAUAAUAUAGAAAAAUAAUAGUAGAGCAACAGCUGAGUUCGGCAUGGCUCAUAACAAGAUCCCACCCAGGUGGCUCAACUGUCCUAGGAGAGGCCAGCCGGUGGCAGCCACAUUUUUGCCUCUAAAGACCAUGCUGGGGCCAAAAUAUGAUGAUCAAGUCCCUGAAGAAAACCGUUUUCAUCCAAGCAUGCUCUCUAACUACUUGAAAAGCCUUAAGGUAAAAAUGGGAUUAUUGAUUGAUCUGACAAACACAACCAGGUUCUACGAUCGGAAUGAUAUAGAAAAGGAAGGUGUCAAGUACAUCAAACUUCAGUGCAAAGGACAUGGAGAAUGCCCAACACCAGAGAACACGGAGUCAUUUAUUCGCCUCUGCGAGCAUUUUAUGGACAGGAAUUCUGGCGAACUUAUUGGGGUCCAUUGUACUCAUGGGUUUAAUCGAACUGGUUUCCUUAUCUGUGCCUUUUUAGUUGAGAAGAUGGAUUGGAGCAUUGAGGCUGCAGUAGCUACAUAUGCCCAGGCCAGACCGCCAGGUAUUUAUAAAGGUGAUUAUCUGAAGGAGCUCUUCCGUCGUUAUGGAGACAUUGAGGAUGCACCUCCACCUCCUGAGCUCCCAGACUGGUGCUAUGAGGAGGAUGAUGUGGAUGAUGAGGGCAAUAAAGUAAUUCAGGAAGCAGAACCUGGAUCCUCUGGAGCUGCCUUUAACAGAAGGAAGAAAGAAAGAUUAAAACUGGGUGCAAUAUUUUUAGAAGGUGUGACAGUGAAACAUGUAACUCAAAUAACGACUCAGCCAAAGCUUGGAGAAAUACAGCGGAAAUGUCAGCAGUUCUGUUCCUGGGAAGGAUCUGGGUUCCCUGGAGCACAGCCGGUAUCCAUGGACAGAAAAAAUAUCAAAUUUAUGGAGCAGAAGUCCUAUAAAGUAAGCUGGAAAGCAGAUGGUACACGAUAUAUGAUGAUGAUUGAUGGUAAAAAUGAAGUAUUUAUGAUUGACCGGGAUAACUCAGUGUUUCAUGUGUCCAACCUUGAAUUUCCAUUUCGAAAAGAUUUUCGGCUUCAUUUGACGAAUACUCUUUUGGAUGGGGAAAUGAUCAUUGACAAGGUUAAAGGGCAAGAUGUACCGCGCUAUUUGAUAUAUGACAUCAUCAAAUUUAAUGGGCAACCUGUUGGUGAAUGUGACUUCAACAUCAGACUUUCAUGCAUUGAAAAGGAGAUUAUAUUUCCAAGGCAUGAGAAAAUGAAAACUGGACACAUUGACAAAGCACAAGAACCAUUCAGCGUUCGGAACAAACCUUUCUUUGACAUCCACACUGCUAGAAAGUUGCUUGAUGGAAAUUUUGCCAGAGAGGUCAGCCAUGAAAUGGACGGACUAAUUUUUCAGCCAAUAGGCAAAUACAAGCCUGGUCGGUGUGAUGACAUUUUGAAAUGGAAACCUCCUAACAUGAAUUCAGUGGAUUUCCGACUAAAGAUAACAAGAGUUGGAGGUGAAGGACUUCUUACACAGAAUGUUGGGCUGCUUUACGUUGGAAGCUAUGAUAGGCCUUUUUCACAAAUAAAGGUGACAAAGGAUUUAAAACAAUAUGACAACAAAAUCAUAGAAUGUAAGUUUGAAAACAACUGCUGGGUCUUCAUGCGGCAAAGAGUUGACAAAAGCUUUCCAAAUUCCUAUGACACUGCUUUGGCCGUGUGCAAUAGCAUACAAAAUCCUGUUACAAAAGAAAUCCUGUUUGAGUUCAUCGAUAAAUGUUCAGCGGCAGCUCAAGGGCAGAAUCGAAGGCACCCAUCGGAUCCAGAUGCUGAGCUUAUGCCACCUCCUCCUCCUAAAAGGCCUCGUGUGACUAACUGAGAAUGCAAUUUCUAUGAAGCGGCAUCACUUUUAGAGUUAACAGGGAAAUCUAAAAAGCAUGUUCCUAUAUUACAAAUUUGCAAUAAAAAUCCAAAAAGACAAAUGUUUGCACAUUGCAACUGGUGAAGAUAUCUUGUAUUUACAAAGAUACUUUCUUCCAAACUUUACAUCAAAGGAAAGUGCAGGAAUUGUAUAAGACUUUGUUUUUACAAUAAAUCUUGGCAAAAUUAUAGGAUUGAGAGCACAUUUUCCCAUGUUUCUUACAGAGACCUACAUUUUUGGAUACUUCUGUGUUUUCCUCAUUUUUCUUUACAAUGUUUUUUUAUUUAAUUAAUGAAUUUUUGUCGUCAUGGGUUUAAUUUAAAAUGCUUUUUCUUGAGAUUUCUUUGUUUGACAAAGAGGUAACUGCUAUAAAUAUUGUAUAGUAAGUUGUCUAAAUAAAAUGUUUUAAACCAUGCUUCAUAUUUUGAAAUAUUAAAAAAAGGAACUCCUGUAUUUUGUAUAUUCCAUGCUAUUAUUUGUAUAUUGCACCAAUUGCUCAUUUGUCCAUCAUUAAAAUGGGGGUUUGAAAGAA